AUGACAACAAAGAACUACCAACAUGUCUUGGCUCUGGAAUCUGCAGUUAAGGAGAUCAAUGAGAAUGUCAAGAUAUUGCCAAAUGUCUCCCUUGGGUUCCAUAUCUAUGAGAGUUAUUAUGAUGAAUGGAUGACCUAUCAAGCUACUUUGAACUUGCUCUUCAGAUCCCAUAGAUUUGUCCCCAACUAUAAAUGUGACACCAAAAAGAGUCUAAUAGCUGUCAUUGGGGGACUUAGCCCUGAGAUCUCCUUCCGUAUGGCAGAUAUUCUAGAGCUCCACAAAGUUCCACAGUUCACAUACGGGUUGUUUGCCCAAGAGAAGAAGGAGAUGAGGCAACCCCAUUCCUUUUACCACAUGGUUCUAAAUGAAGUCCAGCAGAUCAGGAGGUUACUUAAACAUUUCCAGUGGACUUGGGUUGGGCUUUUUGUUAUUGAUAAUGACAGUGGAGAACACUUUUUGCAUAGUCUGGAGUCAGUACUUAACCCCAAUGGAAUCUGUCUAGCUUUCAUAGAAAGAAUAGCAUCCCAUCACCAGAAAAAUGAAAUGGAUUACUUCAGUUCUCUGUUCUUCACAGCAUACACAUGUUUCAAACAUAGCAAAGCAAGUGCAAUCAUCCUUUAUGGUAGACCUACUACCAUUAACUGGCUGAUGAUAUUAAUAUCCAUAGGAGGGGCUGGAGAUGAGGAAAAUCCCUCACUUAGAAAAGUGUGGAUUCUGGUGGGCCAAGUUGAUUUCCUAGUAACAUCCCUCCAGAGGAAUGAGAAUUUUGAAUUCUACCAAGGUGCCAUUUUCUUCACACCUCAUUCAGAGAAUCUUGUAGGUUUCCAGAAGUUUCUUCAAAAUGUGAAACCUUAUAGGAAACAAGGAGAUGGCUUUCUGAAGUACUUCUGGGAACAAGCAUUUGGCUGUUCAUUUCCAAAAUCCGAGGACCCAGAGAAUAGCGAUGCGACAUGUACUGGGGAAGAGAGGCUGGAGAGCCUUCCUGGACCAAUAUUUGAAAUGAGCAUGACUGGCCAGAGCUAUAGCAUCUAUAAUGCUGUCUAUGCUGUGGCACAUGCCUUGCAUUCCAUGUCUGCUUCCACAUCCAAGUGCAGACCAAGAAUGGAUACCAAGGGGGAUGAAUUUCAAGAUCUUCAGCCUUGGCAGCUCCAUCCAUUCCUUCAAGGAAUUGUGUUUAAUAAUUCAGCAGGCGAAACAGUACAUUUUAAUGGUUACAAGGAAAUGCCAGCUAGAUUUGAUGUAAUGAAUCUGGUCACCUUCUCAAACAAUUCCUUCUUGAAAGUGAAAGUGGGAAGUCUGAAUCCCAGUGCUCCUGAAGGGCAGAAAUUCAUCAUUCAUGAGGACCAAAUUGUGUGGCCUCACACUUUCAACCAGGUCCCUAAUUCUGUUUGUAAUGACCAUUGCCAGCCUGGUUAUCAUAAGGAAAAGAAGGAAGGGGAGAAAUUUUGCUGUUAUAAUUGUGUUCCAUGCCAAGAAGGGAAGAUUGCAAACCAGAUGGAUAUAGAUGACUGUAUGACAUGUCCAGAAGAUCAAUAUCCAAGCAUGGGCCAGGAUCAAUGUAUACACAAGAUUAUAAGCUUUCUGUCUUAUGAAGAACCUUUGGGGAUCAGUUUGACUGCUUUUGUGCUUUCUUUCUCCCUCAUCACAACUUUGGUUCUGGGAAUUUUUAUUAGGCACAAAGAUACCCCCAUAGUCAGAGCCAACAACUGGGAUAUCACCUACACUCUUCUUGUUUCCCUUACCCUCUGCUUCCUCUGUCCCUUGCUGUUCCUUGGACAACCAAACAAGGUGACCUGCUUCCUCCGGCAAUCCAUUUUCAGCAUCAUCUUUUCAGUGGCUGUUUCUUGUGUCUUGGCCAAAACCAUCACUGUGGAGAUAGCUUUCAUGGCCACCAAACCCGGGUCCUACAUGAGAAAAUGGGUGGGGAAAAGGAUGGCUACCACCUGUGUGCUUUUCUGUUCCCUUGUUCAAGCAGCCCUUUGUACAGUGUGGCUAGGAACCUCACCACCCUUUCCAGAUUUUGAUAUGCAAACAAUGGCUAAAGAGAUCAUAGCAGAAUGUAACGAAGGGUCAGUUAUCAUGUUUUAUGUUGUCCUGGGCUACAUGGGAUUUCUGUCCUUCAUCAGCUUGACUGUAGCUUUCCUAGGUAGGAAGUUGCCAGACAGUUUCAAUGAGUCCAAGUUCAUCACCUUCAGCAUGCUGGUGUUUUGCAGUGUUUGGUUAGCCUUUGUUCCAGCUUAUCUGAGCAGCAAAGGGAAGUAUAUGGUAUCUGUGGAGAUCUUCUCAAUCUUAGCCUCCAGUUCUGGUUUGCUGAUUUGUAUAUUUUCCUCAAAAUGCUACAUUAUUCUGCUGAGGCCUGAUCUGAACCGAAAAGAGCAGUUAAUAUUGAAAAAGAAUUGA